AUGAUCCGAGAUACACGUACCUCCCGCGCAGAUUUUGUCUUCUACUCCAAUCGUAUUAUUCGUCUACUAGUGGAAGAAGGCCUGAACUACUUGCCCGUUGUCGAACAGAGUGUGACAACGCCUGUUGGGAGGUCAUAUCUUGGGGUGAAGUUUGAGGGAAAAAUAUGUGGUGUUUCCAUCAUGCGAGCUGGAGAGGCCAUGGAGCAGGGCUUGCGUGACUGUUGCAGAUCUGUACGCAUUGGCAAGAUUUUAAUUCAGCGGGAUGAGGAGACCUGUCAGCCGAAACUUUUCUAUGAGAAGCUUCCACAUGAUAUUGCUAAUCGAUGGGUCCUACUACUUGAUCCCAUGUUCGCUACCGGUGGCUCUGCUACUAUGGCUGUUGAGGUGUUGAAAUCGAAAGGCGUUCCUGAGAGCCGAAUUCUGUUUAUCAACCUCAUUGCUAGCCCGUCAGCCGUGGAGACGUUCGCCCGGAAUUUCCCUGAACUGCGUGUUGUAACCGCAUUUAUUGAUCAGGGAUUGGACGAGAAGAAAUAUAUCAUACCAGGACUCGGAGAUUUUGGUGACCGGUACUACACCAUAUAA